UUAACCUUUCUAUUUUAGCGCCAUUUUCAAGAUGGCUCCAAGAAUGCACUUUUGUAGUUGACUCUCGGAAAUCUUUGGUAGAUAUUUUAUGAGGAAUGUGACCAUAUCUUGAGGCUACGAAUAGGAAGAUCAAAGAAGACAGCACAAUGAGCAAGUCAAAGGAAGCAGCAGCUGCCUCCGCUGUGCUGGAGUAUCUGAAGAAACAGAACCGCCCGUACUCGGCCACGGAUGUGUUCAGUAACCUGCAUAAGGAGUAUGGCAAAACGGCAGUGACCAGGGUACUGGAGGAGCUGGCUCAGAAGGGAAAGAUCAAAGAAAAAGUGUAUGGCAAACAGAAGGUGUACUGUGCAGACCAGAGUGUUUUCCCUGAGGUGAAAGACACAGAGAUGAAAGCGAUGGACCAGCAGAUUACAGAACUGACAGACAAGGUCCACACCUCACAGGCAGCCUACAAGAAGAGGGAGGCUGAGCUGAGAGAUUUGACCAGCUCAAUGACCACUCAAGAGGCCAAGGCUCAACUGGCUGAAGUCACGAAGAAGUGUUCCCAGUACCAGGAGAAACUAGCCAAGCUGAAGUCAGGUGGGAAAACCAUCACUAAGGAAGAAAAAGAAAAGGUGUACAAGGAACAUGAAGCAAUGGUCAAGCAGUGGCGUAAGAGAAAGAGAAUGGCCACAGACAUGCUGGAUGCCAUCUUGGAAGGAUAUCCCAAGAAAAAGAAGGAUCUUUUUGAGGAGAUUGGAAUAGAGACAGAUGAAGAGUGUAAUGUGAAAAUCCCUCAGAGCUGAGACAAGGAAAAAUAAGUAGAAUCUUUGAGUUGGAAUCCUGUUAUCCUCCCAUCUUUGUAGAUAAUAUCCUGCAGAAGCUGCAUAGAAAACAAAGACAGAAAGAUGUUACCAAAAAACAUGCCCAGUUUUUCUCAUAAGUGACUACCAUAAUGAAAUUAAUGUGUAGGAUUUUUUUCCCCAACCCAAACUUGUCUCUGUUUUAAUACUUAACUCAAGGGCAUUUUGUAUCUCUGGUGGAGUAUAUACGUUUUGUAUUGUUCAAUGUAGAAAAUAAACUGUUAGACUACAA